UGGUCUCGUAGGUAGCAGCUGCUUGACACAUUUUCCACAGUUUCGUGUCAUUUAAACUGUUCGAAUCUUCUCGUUUCUUCUUCCUGUCGCUUGAAGCGGAUCCGCAUCUGUCGCAGGAAGACGAGGAGAAAUAGCCAGCCAGCAUGUUCCUCACCCUCGCCCUGCUGCGGAAAGGCAUCUCCGGGAAGCAGUGGAUCGGAAAGUACCGGCGGCCGCGGCAGAUCACGUGGCAGAUGAAACGCAACACACUGAAGCGGCUGGAUAUCGAGGCUGAGAACGAGUACUGGAUCAGCCGGCCGUACAUGACUCCAGAGGAGGAGUACGGCCACGCCGCAGAGCGCAGAGCCCAGAACUGGCUCAAGAUCAAGGACGCCAAAUUCGCCAAUUUCCCCGAACACAAGCGCAUAACGGAUCACCUCAGUCAUCUCAAAAUCACCAAGACGUGGUCGAGUUAAUGCAAAACGAUGAAACUACACGUAAAGACUGUCCUUGUAUGACAAUACAACCUGUUAAUGUGUGAGGGGGAGCUCUGCUUGGUUUUCAAUGUGAAGGGGACUCAGAAUGUCGGCUGAACGGCUGCUGUGAAAAAGUGUCAAGACUUUGAUGACCUGUUUUAUCUCCAUUAAACAAAUCUGCAAACAGUUUGUGGUUUUCUGUUGGAAAAAGCUUCUCAAGCUUUUUUCAGAAAAUGAACUCCGAACAUUUUCUGGAAAAUUGGAUCUGGACAUUUUACGUAGUUUGUCGCAGCGGGAGAUCGUUCUGUGCAGACGUAUUCACAACAACGGAAAUAAUGUCUGGAACAUUCAGGCGAAGUUUUGCCCUCAUCGAGUUCACGAGCUGGCAGGAGAAAAACCUUGAAAAUAUCUGCAGCAACUGACUUAGACAAAGUAUUAGCCUCAAUGAUUUACAAAGGGUUAAUCCUACGUUCUACUGUAUUUCACUUAAUUGUGUGUAUUUAAAAGGUUAAGACUGUCAGUAAUAAAAAUAAGAAAUAAAUCUGAGACUUAA